UUUCGCAGAUGUGGGGAGCACACUCCCGUCUGUGGCGAAAGGGCGGCGGUGGUGUGAAGCCGAGAAGGAGCGAGAUGAGGAGGAAUAUGUCGGUGUGAGGACGUUUCUUUGUGUUCACGGCAGCGAAACUCACAACGCCAGGUGUGUCUCCUCAGCUUACUUCUCACCUUUGCCACCUUUACCACCACUGUCGAGGUAGCCAUGGCGACCAGUGCCUUGCCAAGUGACAACCUGCCAACGUACAAGCUGGUGGUGGUGGGGGAUGGUGGUGUUGGGAAGAGUGCCCUCACCAUCCAAUUCUUCCAGAAGAUCUUUGUGCCAGACUAUGAUCCCACGAUAGAAGACUCAUAUCUCAAACACACAGAGAUAGAUGGACAGUGGGCAAUACUGGAUGUGCUGGACACAGCUGGCCAGGAGGAGUUCAGUGCGAUGAGGGAGCAGUACAUGAGGACGGGAGAUGGCUUCCUGAUCGUCUUCUCCGUGACAGACAAGGCCAGCUUUGAACACGUUGACCGGUUCCAUCAACUCAUACUACGGGUCAAAGACAGGGAGGCCUUCCCCAUGGUGCUGGUGGCAAACAAAGUGGACUUGGUCCAUCUGAGAAAGGUCACCACUGACCAGGGCCAAGAGAUGGCUGCAAAACAUAACAUAACAUAUAUUGAAACCAGUGCCAAGGAUCCUCCAAUGAAUGUGGACAAAGCCUUCCACGAGCUGGUUCGUGUUAUAAGACAACAGGUGCCAGAGCGAAACCAGAAGAAGAAAAAGAAGAUGAAAUGGAGGGCAGAACGUUCAGCAGGUUCCCACAGGUUCCACUGCGCUAUAUUGUGACCUCCCUCGUCCUGUUUUAUCAUUCGAAACAUACACACACCUACACGCGCACCCACAUACCUUUGGAUGUCAGGGAACUCCCCAGCAGUGGUUAACUACUGGAGCACAAAAGGGAAGGGGGGGUCGAUGAAUGGCUGGAUGAAUCCAGGAAUUGUUGGACUGAUGUCCCCUCACCCUUAACAAUGUGUUGGAAUGAGUGCUGUGCCCUCUCUCCUCAAUUUAUGGUCCCUUUCAGAGGUCUAUAGAUCCCUCCAAUCUCUAUUCAACACAGAACUCCAGUGAACUGUUUCUCAAUCAAGUGUAAUUUUUGAAUUUAAUUUCAAACGUAGCACUCAACGAUUUUGGGGGGGGGGGGGAAGCCAGAGAUCAGAAUCACCUUGAUGUGGAACUUUUUUCUUCUUGGGAAAGGGAGGAAAAGAGAGGACCCGGCUCAAAAUGGCGCCUCGUUUUUCAUGGAGUAACUCCUAAACACCUGCUGGUCAUCACCUUUCUAUCCUCACACUCCUACAACUUUCUGGAAGAAAAGCACCUGUGUGACCUUUAGAUACGUGUAUCUGCGUUCUCUCAUUGUAGAGUGGACAUCAUAAGGGCAUGAUGGAUGAAUACAAGAGCGGUGACAGUGAUGUUGGUAGUGAAAAUAGAAGUUGUGUUUCGGUGUUGACGAGUGGACUGCGAGUUCUGUGAAUGAAGCGUGGACUCUAGGCUUUGAAAUGUCAGUUCAGAGAGGAUGGAAGGACGUGUUGUAGCAAGCGAGAGGAACGUGAUGCUGAGAAAAUGUGUCGUAUCGGUUGACAGGUGAGAGGGAUGGUCAUAUCAGCUUGUUGAAUAAGUGUUUAAAUAUUGUAAUUGUAAAGGAGAGUUAAGAGUGGUCGUAGGUGUGUGUGGUUACACUUUAAUGUAAACGUAACAGGGUUUAUACCAACACUGAUGUGUCAGCGGCCAUGUUUACAAACAUUCUUAGAAAAUGAUUAUUUUCCCAUCGUAAAGACACACAGUAUAUCAGAGCCACUUUACAUCAAGUGUUAAAAUAAUUAUGGUUUGUUUAGGUCGCCUCUGCAGUCAUUGUCAAUGGCAUGAUGAGAGCAGGCUUCAUCAGUACUGUAUGGACAAUAGCCCUCGUAUAUUUGUUUUUGUCUUUGUAGUCUUAACAGAUUAUCUUCAAAACAAGUUACUUUCCAUGUUUUUGUAUCAAAAAAACUAUAGAAAAUUACAAUUAUAUUUGUGAUUAACAAAAUAUCUUACUAUAGGUGGCAAUGUAAACAAAUACAAUGCUGUUUUACAAAAGAUCUGUAGGAAGUUCUUCAUGAAAUAGAAUAGAUAAGGGAUAAUGAGCGCUACGUGUUUCAGAUCUGAAGCAGGCUGGAGAAGCUGAUUUGCACUGGCCACUAACCAAAAUAAUGUGAUGUCACUUUAUUUCAAUCUAGGGGCUUUUCAGACCGCACCGCUGAAUUCAGGACAAUGAAUCAUGCUCAGUAAAGGAGAACACUCCUUCAGUUUGGGGAUACAUUGUAGCCCUGGGACUACAUCAGAGUUAGACAGCCUGUCUGAACCGGGCAGUGUGAUGCUCCUGGGGCUUAAAGCCAUGUUAACCUAGCUACAGGCGACGUUUAGUUGUAGGAAAACCACACAUUCGGAGCAACAAGACAUUCAGUAUAUUCAUGUCUGUCGUGAGGUGGAUAGGAAUGUACAGUUUAAUAACCUAUGAAAUGGCUUGUACUGUUAACGCACUAAAGUUUCGGUGGACAACUUUUUUUUGUCUAGAUGAAUACCGUCUCUUGAAGGAAUACAUUUUUGCACUUUUAAUACAAUUUCUGACUUUCCUAUUGGCAUGUUGUUUUCUGUUCAAACCUGUAAGUGAAGCGAAAGGCACAGUUAAAAAAGAUUUGAAUGUAAAAAUCGAAUAACAAAAAGAGCAAAUAGGCAAUUAGUGUUGUAGCCCUGUGUGCCUGUGUGUGCCUGUUGCCUUGGUGAUGGUUGUGACAGAGAUUGGAAUUUAAUCAUUGGAAAGGAAAAGUUUUGUGCAACGAAGUUUUGAAUUAAGAAGGUUGAGUAUGAAAAAAAAGAGUUAUCGAAUGGCAUACAAAUUCACCUCAGCAUGAAAGUGGAAUAUCAACCUCAGCAAAAGAAGGAAAACGGUAUUAACCUUCAUCUACUGUUAAAGGGACUUCACAAAGAGGACAGAAAACAUUGAAGUACUGAUCACGGAGCAAUGAAGCAACAGACUCUGGAUUGUUGGGGAGGACGAAAAAAAGAAAAAAAAUUGAAUGUGUUUGAUGAAAAUGUUGCAUCAUGUAUGUUUGAUACCAUUUUGUAUUAUUGAAAUGAAUUAUUGAUAUGAUUCUUGCAAAGUGUUUUUUAAACAACUGAAUAAUUUAUUACUGUCUAUGUUACCUCAGCGUGUCCCAGACCUGGACAAAAAGCAAAACUCCUCCCCCCUUUUUUUCCCCUUUUCUUUUCUUUGGGAUUCUCAACGGGUCAAAGGCCUUUUUGCCUCUGACCCCCCAUAUGAAAAGACUUGUAAUGUGUUGUGGACCAAGAUGAAGAAACCAAGCUUGGUCCUGAGCUGAAACAGCAUAAGGUUCUCUUCUUUACUGGAGCUCAUGUGGAUGGCCUCACAGGUGGAAAUGGAAUCACACAAGGGUCAAAACAAGAAAAGUUUGUUGUCAAAUUUUUGAGUUUAAAUAUGUUUGCUUAAUGUGAAAUUUCUUUAAGGAAAUGUUUGACAUUUUGUAAAACAGACCUAUUGACAUUUUUGCCAAGCAUUACAUUGGGUACAUUAAAUAUUAAGCUACAGGCUGCAGUUUUAUUUUGGCUCAGUGUAAAGACUGGAAACAGGGAAACAGCAAGCCUGGCUCAUUCUGAAGGCACCAAAAUCAGCCAACCGGCACCUCUAAAGCUCAUUGAGUAUGUUAUAGUUAAGUUUGUUUAAUCUAUACAGAUUGUGGUUUUAUCAUAGGUUGUCAAAAUAAUGGGUGCAGCUACUAUAAUGCCACCCAUUGGUUUGUGGACUCCUGAUUUGAAGCCUUGUGUUCAGCAUUUCAGCCAUCGCCAUCUUGGUUGUUUGGGGCCAGAAGUGACCAUAUCUGGGCGAGAGUCUGGAGCUGUGGAGAGGCGAGGGCUAGAUCUGAGAAGAAGCUAAGGACACUAUCAGCAGGCAGCCUGUCACUCAAAGUUUCUGCUGUAAAGUUGGGCAUCUUAACAUCGGAUUCUAUGGGGAUUGACUGGCUUCUGGAGCCACCCUCAAGUGGCCAUUCAAAGAACUGCAGUUUUUGGCUCCUCUGUAUUGGCUUCAUUUUUUACCCCCGGAAUCUGCUGCCUGGGUCUUACGUGCCGGAUUAUUUCUUACCUUUGGACAGGGCCAGGCUAGCUGUUUCCCUGUUUCCUGUCUUUAUGCCUAGUUAAGCCAACUGCAGUGCUGACGAGCUUCAUACUUAGUGUACAGAUACAAGCAUGGUAUCAAUCUUCUCACAUGACUCUUGGCAAGAAAUUCAAUAGGGGUAUUUCAAAAAAUGUCAAACUUUUUUCUCAAGCAGGCUGAGCUCAUGUACCUGGCGGGUGUCUUCAAGUUGACUACUUUACUUUCUGGUUUGAGGUCCAAAAUUCAGUUUGAAAUUCGAAAGUUACCUUUCUUGAAUGAAUCAUUACGGCUGGUACAAAGAAACCUGCUGAUCUAUUGCACCGUCUUCACAUUUCAGGCAGACCAAAUACAAAUGCUGAAAGUGAAAAUAAUGAAUCUGUUAUCUGACCCUGGAUCAUAUGUGAGCUAAAUGAAGCACUUUUAUUUAAUUAAUUGGAGAGGUAACAUUAUUUUUCAAAUAGACACCAAGUAAUUGUUGAAGUUAUGCAAUUGAUUUGAGUGACGUAUGUCCUGAAACUGUCAGUAUGUAAAGGGCCGUGUAAACUUUAGGUUUGGAUAACAAAAAAAACAACAACAAAAAAAACAAAAACAAACAUUUGGAGUUGUCACACCAGUUGUGUAAUGUGUGUUUUUGGACAGGUCUGUUGUGUUCUAACUGGCUGUGUCAGACUGAGGAGCUAGACGAGGCACAAACAAACUGUGGCCUUUUUAUCUAGCCUCAGGGGUCGAUUAUAUUUCAAUAAAGAAAUACAAGUAUUGUGACUUUC